AAGUGGAAUUCUCCAUUGAAAACAUACAUGGCGCUAUUGACAUGGAAUUGCAAGUCCUUUCUAAGGGCAAACAUUCGUUUUCUUGUUUGAACGAUUGUUGACAAUAAUGACAAGUGCGAGGGUUCACUUUGUAGUCUUCUUUGUUCUGUUGUUUCUUCACCCUUGUGUGUCAGAGCGAACCGAAAAGAGAGAGACUUUGGAAGUGAACGAGAAAGAUGACGAAGGUUCGGAAGCUAUCCGGAAGGAUUAUUCUCCUUUGCAAAACCAUCUUUCAUUGAUCAAAUAUGAAUUUGAAGAUUCACGCGAUUUACUCUACCGACCCGAAGACUUAGCGACUGUCAGCAAGACUAACGACACAGAGAACCACACAAAUGUUUCCGUCCACUCCACAUCAUCAACCAAACCAACUGUGGCACCGCCAAAUCCCAAGGCCAUUUUGCCAGUGCAGACGGGGGUCCAAGCGCAGGAAGAGGAGCAGUCAAAUGGAUUGACCAUAUUUUUUAGCCUUCUCGUUAUUGGUAUCUGCAUUAUCUUGGUUCAUCUGCUUAUCAAGUUCAAGUUACAUUUUCUUCCGGAAAGUGUUGCUGUUGUGUCCCUUGGAAUUCUAAUGGGAGGAUUUAUUAAGAUCAUUGAGUUCCAGGAACUGGCCAACUGGAAGGAGGAGGAAAUGUUCCGACCCAAUAUGUUCUUCCUUUUGCUCCUGCCACCUAUUAUCUUUGAGUCGGGGUACUCUUUACAUAAGGGUAACUUCUUCCAGAACAUUGGCUCCAUCACUCUUUUUGCUGUGAUUGGAACUGCUAUCUCUGCAUUCAUAGUUGGAGGAGGCAUCUACUUCCUUGGUCAGGCAGAUGUGAUCUACAAGAUGACCAUGACAGAUAGUUUUGCAUUUGGCUCACUCAUCUCCGCCGUAGACCCUGUUGCUACCAUAGCCAUCUUUAAUGCACUCAACGUGGACCCAGUCCUGAACAUGUUAGUGUUUGGGGAGAGCAUCCUUAAUGACGCUGUCUCUAUCGUCCUCACAAAUACUGCCGAGGGUUUCUUUUCCCGCUCAGACACAACUAGAGUAACAGGCUGGGAGACAUUUUUGCAAGCAGUGGGUUAUUUCCUCAAAAUGUUCUUUGGUUCUGCUGCCUUGGGGACUCUCACAGGACUCAUCUCUGCUCUUUUCUUAAAACAUUUUGACUUGAGGAAGACACCUUCACUAGAAUUUGGCAUGAUGAUUAUCUUUGCUUACCUUCCUUAUGGCCUGGCAGAGGGCAUUAAACUGUCUGGAAUUAUGUCCAUCCUGUUUGCGGGAAUCGUGAUGUCUCAUUACACCCAUCACAACCUGUCUCCUGUAACCCAGAUUCUCAUGCAACAGACGCUGCGCACAGUGGCCUUUAUGUGUGAGACAUGUGUGUUUGCCUUUCUCGGGUUAUCCAUCUUCAGCUUCCCUCACAAUUUUGAAUUAUCGUUUGUUAUUUGGUGCAUCAUCCUGGUUCUUCUGGGCCGUGCAGUCAACAUCUUUCCCUUGUCAUUUCUGCUCAAUUUUUGCCGAGACCACAAGAUCACACCCAAGAUGAUGUUCAUCAUGUGGUUCAGUGGACUGAGAGGCGCUAUUCCCUAUGCUUUGAGCCUGCAUCUUGGCCUGGAGCCGAUUGAGAAGCGGCAACUCAUUGGCACCACCACCAUCAUCAUUGUCCUCUUUACUAUCCUCCUCCUUGGGGGCGGGACCAUGCCGCUCAUCCGCAUCAUGGACAUUGAAGAAAGCCAAUCGCGGCGAAAGAGCAAAAAGGACAUCAAUCUGAGCAAGACGGAGAAAAUGGGAAAUACUGUUGAGUCGGAGCAUCUAUCAGAACUGACAGAGGAGGAGUACGAGGCUCACAUAUACCAAAGACAGGAUCUGAAGGGCUUCAUGUGGCUUGAUGCUAAGUAUCUUAACCCUUUCUUCACCCGGAGGCUUACCCAGGAGGACCUGAUGCAUGGAAGGAUCCAAAUGAAGACGCUAACCAACAAGUGGUAUGAAGAAGUCCGUCAGGGUCCUUCAGGUUCAGAGAAUGAGGACGAUGAGACAGAAUUGUUGUAAAAUGAACACUGACAUGACAUGAAAAACAGUCUGCACAUAUUUUGUGGCAGUCACAUGCACUUCCUUUUCUGCCCUCGUGGUAACGCAUGUGCUGCAUCUACUGGUUGUGUUGUUUUAUUCCAAAACUACACUCGAGAUCACUGGAGGCAUAAACAUUUCUGUGAAAAGAAUUUUUUCUUACUUGAAUGCCAUACCUUCAGCAUGAUCCAGAGAUCACUGAUGGUGGACAGAACUUUGGGAGUUCUUUUUUUAUUUUUAUUUUUUUAUUUUUACAUUUUCCACAUGUGAUUGAACAGACACUUUGAAUGUAAAGGAAAAACAAGAGCACAGUUUCUGUUUUUUUUUUUUUUUUUUUUUUUUACUGUUUCUGGUUUAUCAAAAGGGAAAUUUGUGUCUCAUGAAGAAUGUGAAAUCAUGUCACUUUAUAUUCUAUUCAUAUAUAUUUCUCGCCACGUCUCUUUGUUUGCACCUUUGAUUAAUCGAAUGGGGAUAAAAUGUAAGUGCGACGAUGCACCUGUCAGUUCUUUGAAAGGCACCAAAAAAAAAAAAAAAAAAACAAUAAUUCCUUUCAUAUUCAUUAAUUUGCUCUAAUAUAUGAGUCUAGUCCCCGAUGGGAUGUUUCAUGUUUUUAUCCCCAGGCAAGAUUCUCUUUGCCACGCUGUACUUUAAAUACAA